AUGCAGAUGAUCCUCCUCUGUUGCCUUGUGGCCCUUGCCACUAGUCAAAACAUCAGUUAUGAUCUCGGCCUGAACCCAAAGAAAGCCUACGAGUACAAAUAUGAAGGAGAGGUGAAUUUUGGUCUCGGCAUGCCGAACCUCGCAGAGUCGAGUGCGAGAAUUUCAUGCAAGGUCAAGAUCUUAAGUGUGUCUGCACAAACAUUCCUCCUUCAGGUGUCAGAUGUGGCCUUUGAGGAGUUCAAUGGCUUCCGGGGUAGAAACAACUUCACUGCUGUCCCUAAACUCACCCAGCGUAUUGCCGCCCAGCUCGUCAAACCCUUCAUGUUUGACUACGCCAGUGGACACGUUGGUGACAUCCAUGCCUCUGCUGAGAUCCCUGACAGCAUUGUGAACAUUGUGAGAGGGAUACUGGGUUUCUUCCAAGUCACUGUGAAGACCACACAGAAGUAUUACCAGCUUGAAGAGUUUGGCAUCCAUGGCAAGUGUCAGAGCAACUAUGCUACUGAGAAAAACGUGACAACCAAGGACAUGACCAUCACUCAGGUUGUGGAUUUGAAUAACUGCAAAGAGAAAGCAGCCAUCUACAGGGGAAUAGCCUCUGCUGUACUGGACAAAGUCUCCAAACAGAAAGGGGAAUCUGUCAUAUCAACAGUGAGAUAUGUUUACACUGUCAAACCAACGGCAGAGGGAGGUCUCAUUACCAAGGCUCAGGGCCUGGAGCAGCAGCACUUCUCUCCCUUCAACGUGAAGGGCGGUAAUUUCAAGAUGCAAGCGACGAAGGAAAUGGUGCUGCUUGGUGUGAGUGACACAGCUGAAGCCCUCACAUUUGGACCGCUGGAAAGCAAGGGCAGCAUUGUUUACAAGUUUGUUGAAGCAGAAGCUGAUAUCCCCAUUAUGAUGCAUAACCUGGAGAAUCCAAUUCCAAAGGCUAUUGAGUUGGUCAAGAAGCUGGCUGAAGUUAACAAAUACGCCAUUGACAGUGCUAAAACUGAGGAUACCAUAAAGCUGUACCAACUACUACGUGUAAUAGAUUAUGAAGGUUUAGAAGCUAUGUGGGAGGAGUUUAAAGGAGAUGAGGAGUACAGACGUUGGUUUUUGGACACGGUUGUCGAGGUCAACGAUGGCAGAAUCCUGAAGUUCUUUGAAAGUAGGUUUAAGGCUGGGGACUUGUCUGUAGCUGAAGUUGUGGAGAACUUUGUCCUGGUGGUAAACCAUCUAAGGCCGAGUCCUGAGCUGGUUGAAAUGGCUAAAACGUUCCUGACCAUGCCCUUUUCUAAAUCCGAUGUCUAUGUGUUGCACACUGUGACACUUGGCUAUGGCUCUCUGGUGUACAAGCACUGUAACUAUUACACACCUUGCUCAAAGUCUGCUGUUCAGCCUCUGCUGGACCUGGCCACAGAGAGUCUGAGUACUGGCAAUGAGACAAACAUGGUCCUCGCUCUGAAAGCUCUGGGCAACGCCGGCCACCCAGACAGCAUUAAAACCAUCAUGCGCUUCCUCCCUGGAGUCUCUGCCAACCCUGUGGCUCUACCGCCUCCUGUGCUGAGCGCUGCUGUGCAGUCUAUGAGACUCAUCGCUGCAAGAGACCCUCAAAGUGUCCAAGACAUCACCAUGACUCUGUUCCUGCAAAAGGACCUUCCUUCCGAGAUCCGCAUGCUGGCCUUUGUAAUAUUGUUUGACACUAAGCCACCCAUGGCUCUGGUGAACACAGUGACUGCACAUCUGCAGGACGAAAAAGACCUCCAUGUCGCUAGUUUUGCAUACUCCUCCUUGAAGAGCUUUGCCAGAUCCAGUACUCCUGACAAUCUCUUUCUCUCAUCCGCCUGCAAUGUCGCUGUGAAAAUAUUGGCCCCUAAGUUUGGUCGUCUCAGCUUUUUCUACAGCAAAGCAUUGCGCAUGGACUGGUUUAACGAUGAUUUCCUCAUUGGAACAGCCGCUGAAAUCCUCAUGUUAGGGAGUGCAACAAACAAAUUUCCCACUGAAUUCAUGAUGAAAGGAAAAUUAUUUUUCAUUGGUAGAAUUCUGCAGCUACUGGAGUUGGGGAUCAAUAUUGAAGGAAUUAAGGAGCUCUUUAGCAAUGGCAUUCCUGGUUUUACUGGAGAUUUUAGUUAUCGUGACUUUCAGGCUAUUUUUAGAGUGCUUCAAAACUGGGAAAUCCUGCCCAAUGACAAGCCCAUUCUUUCUGUCUACACACGCGCCUCUGGACAAGAGUGGUUCUUUGGUGAUAUCAACAAAGGGUUCAUAAAGGACCUAAUUGCGGCUGUCAGUCCUUCAGCAGGGAAAGAAAGCCCUCUGUGGGGAAUGAUAGAGAACCUACAAAGGGGAGUGUCAUGGCAUCGGACAAAGCCUUUCUUAAUCUUUGAGGUUCGCUACUUCCAAGCCACCACCCUCGGACUCCCACUGGAGAUCAGCAAAUAUUAUCAAAGCAUCAAUGGGAUCACUGUUAAUGCCAAAGCCAUAGUAAACCCACCACCUACUCAAUAUCUUGGAGAACUGCUGGGUUCUGAAAUUUUACUGGAGACUGAUGGUUUUAUUGGCUUCACUAAGGAUUUUUGGGUUUUCUACGGCAUCAACACAGAGCUGUUCCAGUGUGCCAUUGAGUUUAAAAGCAAACAUCCUGUAGCUAUCCCGUGGAACUUUUCUGCCAAGAUCAAUGUAAGAGAAAAGAAGUUUGAACUGGACAUCCCUGCAUGCAAGAAAGAGUUUUCGCUCAUUUCUAUCAGCUCUAAUGUGUACGCAGUCUCCAGAAACAUUGAGGAGCCAGCUUUGGCAAAGAUGACACCAAUAAUUCCCAACGUUAUGGACUCCAAUGAUGAAGUCAUCAAUGUGGACCCCUCUGUAGUGAGGCCUGAGUCUGAUCAGACACCAAACUACUGGCAUCCAAUAACCAAACUGUGUACUAAGAGUAACAUCUAUGGAACUGUUCUCUGUGUGGAAUCUGAAUUAAAGAGAGCAUAUUAUCAUGAGGAAUACCCACUGUACUAUUUCGUCGGAUACACCUACAUGGCUUUAAAAGUAACACCAGUCCAGGCAAUCGAAGCUGUUGACAAAAUCCACUUUGAGGUUAACGCUGGCCCGAGCACACAUCCAGAUAGUGGUCGCCAACUGCUUGAGACUCUGAGGAGGCUUUCCAAGGAAGCCAUCCAGCAAGUAAGUCUGUCCUCUGAUGAAUCCUUGAGUGCCAGAGGAUCUCAUCUCAGCAAUCAGGACAGCACAAUGCAAGUCUUGAACUCAACAUCUCAAGCUGUGUUCAAUAUCAAAGCCUUUGCCAUGAGUGGCAACCAGAAGCCCGUUGGUUACGAUGCAUCCAUCUACUACGCGUCAGAGACAAACGUGCAGAGCAACCAGCUGAUUAUGUCCCAGGUUGGAGAAGACACCAACUGGAAGAUGUGCGUCGACACCAUCGUGCACGCCUAUACUGAGGCAGAGGUCCACGUUGGAUGGGGAGCCGAAUGUCAGUCAUAUGGAUUUUCAGUGAGAGGUGCAACCACACAUCUGCCUGGUUCCAAACCAACGCUGAGUUCCAAAGUAAACUGGACCAAAAUCCCUACAACCAUGGCAGAGAUAGGCAGAAGAAUUCAAAGCUACGUCAUGGCUUUCUUUUUCGGCUUCUCCCAGCAACAUGAGAGAAACCCCGGGCAGGAGAUUUCUGCAACAGUUGUGGUUGCCUCAGCAGACAGCAUCAAUGUGAACAUUAAAUUCCCAGAGUAUACGGUCAACUGCGAGGGGAUGUCAUUUCCUCUGCCUUCUCCCAGCAUUCAGGAGUUGCAACAAAACUUCAGAAACUCAACAAUAGACCGUUUUGGACGUGUAUAA